AAUAGACUGCUAGAGGGGCGUGGCCAGGUGACAAACCAGGUGGGGGAGCCGGGUAAAAGAAAAACUCUAGCACUAAUAAACUUGGCGACUCGCUUCCUACCCCACUGUGCGCAAUCACCAAACUGGAAUCGUAAGUAGCGCACCUAUUGUUGUAGUGAUUUCCAUUCUAGUCGUGGUACCAGCUCAGUGUAUUCCGUCCUCUGGCGCCGAUAGCAUAACCCCAGCACUAGUGGAACCGUUAGAGGAUCUCAACUUGGAUUUGAAAGAAAAGAAAAAAAACUUCAGUGAGGAUCAUCUGGGUAAUCUCUUGCUGCCAGUGACACAACAAAGCGACACAACAAACGACAUAACAAAGCGCCAUAACAAAGCGCCAGUUUGAUCAGAUCGUGUACACAUACACGUGGUGUAAACAGCCCGGGUCACUUGAGCCAGACGACGGACUGACCGUUGGACUUCCCAGCCGUCACCAUUGAACAUCCGGGUAUUUACCUCAUCGCCACCCCCUCCCAGUCCAGCUCCUACCCCCAACCUUCUGCCAUGUCCGCCCCCUCCGUAUUGUCCAUCACCGGUCAGAAGGACACGCAGUACACGAAGAUCUUCGUUGGGGGACUACCUUACCACACCACAGACCAGAGCUUGAGGGAAUACUUUGACAAAUUUGGCGAGAUCGAAGAAGCAGUUGUUAUCACAGACCGACAAACGGGCAAGAGUAGAGGAUAUGGAUUCGUUACAAUGGCUGACAAGUUGGCGGCUGAGCGGGCAUGUAAAGAACCAAAUCCUAUCAUUGAUGGCAGGAAAGCAAACGUCAAUUUGGCGUAUCUAGGAGCAAAACCGCGACAAAAUGGACUCGCAAGUGUUUUGCCGUACGCUAUCAAGUCGAUCCCCGGAUUAAUUCCUAGUCAAUACGGGUGUGACGUGGAUUACUACUUGUCAUCUCAGUUACUGUCAAGAAGUUACCCCACCCAGUACGUCUACCCAGCAUCCUACCUAGCAGCAGCAGCAACAACUCCUGGUAUGCUCACGACAAUGCCAGCCACAAGCCCACUGUCACCAACCCCUGCCGGUACACCCACCCAGUAUGCCCUGGACUACGCCUCUGCUUAUUCUGCCGCUACUGCUGCCCAGUUUGCUGCUAGUGGUUAUGAGACCUAUAACCCUUACACGACAGCUGCUACAACUGCUGGUUUUGGCGUGGGAGUCCCUGCUGGCUACACUUACGCCAUGCCACAACAGAUUGCUGCAAGCACAACACACUUUGCCCAGUAUCAACCUCAGCAAAUACAAGAAAGACUGCAAUAAAAUGUUUUUUUUCAAUUUGAAAAUAGCAUUCUUUUCAUGAGAUUUUAUUUAUGGAUAUAACUAACAUGGCUUAAACUAAAAAUAAACUAAAUACUUAU